ACGCCCGGUCCCCCAGCGCCUCCUCCGCGAAGCCCUCCCGUCGCCGGGGCUGAGCCGGGCCUCCUGAACCUCCCAGCCCCUACCCUCCGGCUGGGGGCGGGGGAGUCCGUCCGCCGGCACAACCGGAAAGGUCGGCGCCUACUGUGUGAAGCCCCGCGCAGCGCAGGGCCCCGCUGCUUCUGUGCUCGCUGCCUCGCCUGGGACUUAUGCGCUCCCGGGUCCGCCCAGCGGUACCCGGGAUAAGGGCGGAGGUGCCGGCGUGCACCUCCCGGAUGAGAAAACGAACCCGGACAGGAUGGGGCUGCACAGGGAAUGAGCCGAGAGGCCGCCUCCCUGGCCACCCAACUGCCCCGGCUGCCCUCGCGGGUGGGGGAGACCAACAGAGGCCUUGGCAACGCAAGCCAGUGUGGCGGCAACGGGCCCGGAGGCGAGGCGGCCCGCCCUUGGGGUGGCCACAGUUCCUUCUGCCCAUGGAGCGCGCUGCAGCCACCAGGCCGGGGCCCUCACCCGGGGCCGCUGAGAAUGGCAUGGGGGUGCCUCCCCAGGUUCUGCCCCAAGCCGAGGACUGGACAGCCAGCCUCAAGACAGAGCUUCCCUCAGAUCUAGAGCUGAGUGAGGAGCAGCGACUGCAGAUCUCCAAGGAGUUGGUCGACCUGCAGAUCACAACUCUUCAGCUGCGGGAGCAGCAUGAGGCCGAAGUCUUUGAGCUGAAGAAUGAGGUCCUACGGCUGGAGAGCCGGGUGCUGGAGCUGGAGCUGCAGCUGCAUGGAGCUCGUACUGACCUGGGGCACUGCCAGGAGCUGGCACCGGGGCUGCAGCACAAGGCCCCAGAGCAGGGACACUCCACUCACCACAGGCCCCAGGUCGCCUUGAGUGCAUGGAGGGGCCGGCUGGGUGGGAGCCCAGCAGGGGCCCAGCAGAGGCACAGCGAGGUCGGGACUGGCAUUCUCGUACAGGCACAGCCUGAGGACUUCCCAGCCCCCGAGCAUCAACAGCAGAAGCUGGGGGACGGUGUGGGUGCGCAGCCUCGUGGCUUGGGGCUCUGUCCAGAUCUCCCCCAGCCCAUGGUGGUGUUGGGCAGUGCCAGGAUCCCAGAGCCUGGGGUCUCCGCCAGCCAGCCCUGGCGCACCCCGCAGCUGCAGGGAGAAUGGAAGCGAGUGCUGGAGCAGCACAAGGCCCAGAAGCAGGUGCUGGAGGCCCGUGUAGCGGACCUGGGCUGGCGGCUGCAGGGGGCGCGAGCAGAGUCCAGGACAGCUGGGCAGCGACUAGCUGCACAAGCCAUGGGCUACCCCCGCCGCCCCCAGGUGUUGUCUGCCUGCCAAGGUCAGCUCCGCCAGGCCGAGGUGGAGAACGCCCAGCUGCAGCUGCAGCUCAAGAAGCUGAACGAGGAGUAUGCCUUCCAGCUGCAGCGAUGUGCCCAAGCUGUGGCCGAGUACACCAACCGGGCGGGCCAGGUGCCCGCAGCCGCAGCCCUUCGCACGUUCCUGGAGACCACUCUGGAGGACAUCCGGGCAGCGCACCGCAGCCGUGAGCAGCAGUUGGCCCGGGCUGCUCGUGCCUACCGCAAGCGCCUGGCAGAUCUAAGCCGUAGGCACCAGGAGCUGCUGGCUGCCCACAGUGUGCAGCAGGUGCUGGCAGGCCCCAGUGGGGCACACGGGACCCCCAAAGCUACCUUUGAGGCAGCCACCUCCGACCUGGAGUCUCUGCACCUGGCUCCCGCACUUGGUCACCCAGGAGAAGACCAGGCCAGGCUGCAGACCGAGCUCCAGAAGCUCCAGGCCCAGAAGGGGCCCAGGGAAGCCUCCCAGGGGGGCAGCACGCUAGAGCCACAGGCCCAGGAAGCUGCUUCCUGGGCCCAGAUCCACCAGAAGCUCCAGGACUUCUCCCGUGGUACCCAGCUGACACCUUCCCCCAUGCCAGGCAGAGCUGGAACGCGAGCGGGCACAGCUACUAGUACGGGCCACGAUGGCCGAGGAGCAACUUUCUGAGCUACAGGAGUACGUGGACCAGCACCUAGGCAGGUACAAACAGGAGAUCCUGAGGCUGAGGAAGCUGACGGGUACGGAGGACGCCUGGAAAGUGGGGGCCACACCUUCAGUGAAGCCCCAGCACCUGAAGACCCAAAGCCGCUAGCCAGUUGUCAAACCACAGCAGAACUCUUCACAGCCAGCGUGGAGGCCUCCCCACUGCACCUCCUUGGGGUGGGGGUCAUUCCUCUCAGCCCUCCACCUAACAAGAGUCAGGACGUAGUCCGCUGAGUCUUUAUUGUGUCCAAAUAGUCAGCCAGCCAGAGAAGUGGGGGCCCCAGGGACUGAGGCAGAACUGGGUCCUGGGGGGACCUGACCAGCUGGGCUACCACUAUGGACGUCAUAGGCCCAGACGCGGUCCAGACCCUCACCCAACACGGCCACAGGCUGCCAAGUGGGGAGAGGAAAGCGCCCCGACACCACUCGGGCCCCUUCGGGCAGCUCUGCCUGCAACUUGUCUUCCAGCAGCGGGAGCUGUGGGAAAGAGCAGGGGGUAGGGUGCACAGGACGGGAGGUGACCGCCCACCCACCCAUGUCCUCCCGGUGCUCCGAGGCUGGCCUGGGCCUCCCCUGGGGCGGGCUGCCGCCCCGGCCCCCCGACCUACCACGCUAGGCGCCAGGAACACAGACACGUUGUGGCAGUCCCUCAGGUUCACCUGCAAGAAGACGUCACCCCAGGAGAGUCAGCCGCCCGGGCAGGUGGCCAACCCAGGACGGGAAACGUGGAAGUCAGACGUGGGGCAUGAGGGGCUCCGGGACUCCCUGGGUUACCUUCCAGAGAUCCUGGCAGCAGAAGCGGACGCUGCCCGCGCAGCCCGCCCUCCAGGCAUGCA